GAAAACAACAAAAAAAGGCCACAGUUUCUUUACUCACACACACAGAAAAUAUCACUUCGUGUUCGUCAGUACAUUUGAUUUCGCCGGAACCCUAAUUCGAUCCGCCGGAAACUCCAACACUCCGGUGAGGGGGGUGAGAGAGAGGGAGAGAGACUGAGUUUUAGGGUUUGGUUUUGCAGAUGAGCGCACGAUUGGGGAGCAGCUGAGAGAUCAACCGGGCCGGAUUUCGUCACCGGAUGGAGGGAGGUAGCGUCUCUACACUUCUUACUUCUUCUGGGAUUCACCCAUGGAGUAUGAUGACAAUGAUUUUCAAAGCCAGAAUCUUCAAUUAGCUGGUGAAGGGAGCACCAAUUGUCCUCCAGUUUUACAGCCAUAUGGUCUUCCCAAAUUUGAUUUUGAUGACAGCCUUCAGGGGCAUUUGAGGUUUGAUAGUUUGGUUGAAACUGAGGUUUUUCUUGGCAUUGAGAGUAGCGAAGCUAACAACUGGAUUGAGGAUUUCUCUCGUGGGAGUAGUGGGAUAGAGUUUAGUUCAAGUGCAGUAGAAUCGUGCUCUAUAUCAAGGCGGAACAAUGUUUGGUCUGAGGCCACGUCCUCAGAAUCUGUGGAAAUGCUAUUAAAAUCUGUUGGGCAGGAAGAAAUAAUUCCCGCUCAGACUAUCUUGGAGGAAUCAGAUGCCUGUAAGGAAGUGGGUUGCAUAAAACAGAUGGAUACUAAUUUGAAGAAUGAUGAUAACAUUCUCACUGAAACAGGGGAUGUUAGAGAUCUACAUUCUACUUUACUGCUAGAUGAAACUGCCGGAAACCUUUCUGGCUUAGAUAAUGUUGGAGAUCAGCCUCGGCUUGAGGAUGCUUCACAAACUCAGGAAGUUGAAUUACCAGUUGAUGGAAAUUCAAGUGUUUUGGAUCCAAAUUCUGUCAGUGAUCGGGAUAGGCUGCCUGUAACUACAGGGAGCCUGACUGAUGAUAAAGGCAAGGAUGUGAAUAAUAUGGAAUUUGAUAAUUUAGUUGAUUAUCCUCCAGAUAAAAAAAUGCAUGAAAAUUCAUCUGCUUCAGAGAUGCAAGUUGAUAAUAUGAUGACUUCUGUGCGAAGUAUUAUUACAAGCAGUGAUGAGUUGAAUAAUCAAGAUGUUCCACAUCAUAUAGUGGAUAUUACUGAAGAGAAUCCAGGCAGUCAUGAUGUGGCAAGCAUAGAUAUUCAAUGUAGGAAUGAUUUGGACAAACCUCAUUGUUUAGCUUCAGAGGUGGAGUCUGGAAAAAAAGAAAUUGCAAAUGAAGAUACUGUUAUUGAUGUGCAGGAAGCGUCUAAAAUUAUGCUGCAAGGGGAUUCUAUUUUACAUACAAUGGGUGGAUGCAGUGAUAAGGAAUGUCCUGGAGUUCUUACUGAGACCAAUAAAUGUGAAGAUCUGGUACUGUCUAAGGACCCUGAUGUUGGUGGUGAUCAAUCCACAAUGACCUACACAAAUGAUGCUGGGUAUGGAAUUGAGGUUAGGAACAACCUUGGCGAAAUUUCUUCCAGUCUAGAUCCUAUUCUGAAAGGGGAAUCUGAUUUACAGACAGUGGACAGAUGCACUGACAGGGAAUGCCCUGAAGUUCUUGAUGACACCAACAAAUGUGAAGAUGUUGUUAUCUCUUUUAAAGACACAGAUACUGGUGGUGUUCCAGCUAAGUCUGACAAAAAUGACAGUGGUUAUGGCACUGAGGAUCAGAACAGCAAUACUGGAGUUUUGUCUGGUCUAGAUCCUACCCUCAAAGGGGAUUCUAACUUGUGUACAAUGGAUGUAUGUACUGUCAAGGAAUCCCCUGAAGUUCCUUCUGUCUCGUUGAAAGCUACAGACACUGGUGGUGAUCAAUCUAAAUUACACACACCUGACUUAUCACCAAAUGGGAAUGACACCGGGCAUGCAGUUGAACUUGGCAACAGUGUUUCUGCCUGUGCAAGCCCUACCUUGAGGACGGAUAAUGAUUUACAUACAGUGGAUGCAAGUAGUGACAGGAAAUGCCUUGAUGUUCAUGUGGAGACCACUAAAUGUGAAGACAUAGUGUUGUCCAAAGGCACAGAUACUACCGGUGAUCAAUCUAACAUAAGCCCACAUGUUUUAUCACCUGUAGCCUACAAAAGUGAUACUGUGUAUGCAGAUGAGGUCGGGAACAGCAAUUCUGGAUUUUCGUCCAGUCUAGACUCUAGAUUGAAGGUGAAUUCUGGAAAGAGCACCGAGGAGGAUGCAUUAAAAAGUGGUGGCCAACCCAUUGAUAGUGAGAUUUUGGUCAGAAAGUCUGAGGCUUCUAUGGCAGUCAUUGAGGAAACUGAGGUUUUCAAAGGCAGAGGUGAUGAGAAUCCGGAAGUUCAUUCUAAUUUGACUCCAACAUGCUCUUCAGCCGAAAUGCCUAGUGAAGUGCAUGUGACUGGAGCUUCUAAAAGUCUCCAUGAUGCUUUUGGAGUUUCUGCUGAGGAAUUAAAUGAAGAAAGCCAUGUGUCACCUUCUAAUCUGAAGGAGUCUACAGAAAGGUGUUCUGAAAAUGAAGUUUGCAAAGAAGGUAUAUCUGGUAAAUGUGACCAGGAUCUCUCUUACAGUGAAAAGGAUACUACAAAUUUACCUGUUGAAUCUAAUAGUAUGGAUUUGGAGUUUGUUGGAUCUGCUGGUAAGGGAGAUGAGUCCUCAUCUUUGUGUGAAGAUUCUGCAGAAAAAGAGUUGAUUGUUCCAACACUAAAACAUGAUGUUGAUGGCAAUGCAUCAGUGGCUGAUGUUCCCUUGGAAAGUUGUGAUCUGGCUUCUUGCGGCACAAGGGAUGUUGUUCCCUUGUCUUCUGAGAAUGGUGCAACCACACAUAUUCAUAACGUAUCAGUGGUUCCUGCAGCACCUUCUCCUGCUAUGGGAUCACACUCGGACAAUAAAGGAGAAACUGCAAUCGAAAUAUCCAAAGAUACAAGUGUAUCAGGUACAGUGUCAUCACCCAUGGUAGAAUCUGGACCAGGCCCUGUUUGUGAAGCUGAAAAAGGUGCUUCUUGUGAUACUGCUGGACAACUGUUAUGCAAUACGCUUGAUCAGUCUCUGCCAAUUUCAGUUAGUUGCAAUACUGAAAACCAAAGUGAACCUGGAACAGCAGUUGCUAUUGAAAUUAGCAAGAGAAGCACAACGGAUAUGGAAGUAAAACGAGGUGAUGAUGCUGAAGCUCAAGAUGGAGCAACAACAGAAAACAAAUCUACCACAGAAGACAAAUCUGAAAAGGCAUCAGCGAAUGUAACAGGUGAUGCUUUUGGAAAUUUUGAAGGUCCAAUGCUUUCUACUUGUUCGCCCGAAUCUUGUUCUAAGUCUGCUGAUCCCUACCAGCCUGGUUGUGAUUCUCCCAAAGUUUUUGGAACAACUGAGAUUCCUGAGACUAAACAUGAAAAAGGCAAUAUCAAGGAGUCGACAAAUCAGAAUGCCGCAGAUACUAACGUAGUUGGGGAUGGCGGCAAACAUUCUUCUAAUUCCUCGAAUCCAACUGGAAAUGAUGUCCCCAAAGAUCAGGGAUAUGGCACCUCAGAUAUCACUUCCUUUGCAGAUUUGCCUAUAGGGGUUGCUGCCAACAGCUCGCAGCCCUUUCCUGCUAUUUCAGCUCCCAAAAUUGUAGAUGGGUCUCAAACAAAUUCUGCCUCAGGCCAGAUGGAUGCAAAGAUCUCGCAAGAAAUUUCUCGUGGAGGUGAUGGAGAGAUUGCUGGUGGUGGUUCUAAAGGUACCACAGAACGGAAAAGAAGGCGAGCAUCUAGUAAGGGAACAGGUAAAGAGAGUGCUAAGAAGGGAACUGUGAAAGCGACAACUCCUAUGAGACAAGCAGACAGAGGAGACAAAUCUAGCAGUGUGCCCCUGGGGAAAUCUGGAAUUUUUCAGUUUGCGCAUCCAAGUGACAUACAGUACUUCGGGCUUGUGGAUGGUAGCUCAAAAACUUAUUCAGUUCUUACUAGUGCAACAUCUGGUCUGCCAGAUCUGAAUUCUUCUGCUCCAGCAUCUCUAGUAUUUCAGCAGCCUUUCACCGAUCUGCAGCAAGUGCAAUUACGUGCUCAGAUCUUUGUUUAUGGAGCUUUGAUUCAAGGAACAGCACCUGAUGAAGCUUAUAUGGUGUCGGCAUAUGGAGGACCUGAUGGUGGAAGGAGUAUCUGGGAGAAUGCGUGGCGUAAGUGCAUAGAGAGGCUACACAGUCAAAAAUCUACCCCUAUUAAUCCAGAAACCCUUUUGCAGUCAUCCUCUGACCUGAGAUUUACAGGUGGUAGGGUUCCUGAUCAAGCUGGUAAACAAAGUGCAUUCCAGGGUAAAGUUAUCUCCUCACCUGCUGGUCGAGCCAGCACAAAGGGUAUUCCACCUACUGCGAGUCCCAUGAUACCAAUUUCAUCACCGCUUUGGAGCAUUCCUACCCCUGCUUGUGAGGCCCCUCAAUAUAGUGUUCUGCCGAGAGGUUCGGUAAUGGAUUAUCAGCAGGCCCAUACUCCAUUGCAUCCUUUCCAAACAUCACCCAUAAGGAACAUUGUUGGACAAAAUUCCUCGUGGAUGUCUCAGUCCCCGUUUCGGGGUCCCUGGGUUCCUUCUCCACAGUCAUCUGCAGCUGAAACCAGUAUUCGUUUCUCAGCAUUUCCUAGUACAGAGUCAGUGCUGCUGACUCCUGUAAAAGAAACAACUUCAUCACAAGUAUCCAGUAUAAAGCAUGCCUCCUCGGUUGUUACUGGUCAAACUGGGGCUACAACCAGUGUUUUUGCAGGGGUUUCUCCACUGCUUGACUCAAAGAAAGUGGGAGUAGCAUCACCUGGCGAGCCUUCAUCUCAACCUAAGUCUAGAAAAAGAAAAAAGAUCUCAGAUUCUAAGGAACUUGGUCCGAUUAGUUUGCAGCCUCAAUCUGAACCUGAGUCAGCUAUAACCCUGGCUGUUACUAGUAGUGUAUCUACAUCUGUUGUAGUCACUGCCCCAAGUACCUUUGUGUCUAAGGCCAUGCCAGAAAAAUUGGCUAUGUCGGUAUCCUCCGAUCACCUCAAGAAAGCAGAUCUUGGUUUGGAGCAGAGGGCAACUUUAUCAAAAGAGACUCUUAGUAAAGCUAAGGAGGCUAGGCAACAAGCAGAGGAAGCUUCUGCUCAUGCUGCUGCAGCUGUUGGUCACAGUCAAGAAAUAUGGAGUCAGUUGGAUAAGCAGAAACAUUCCGGAUUGACAUCAGAUGCCGAAGCCAAAUUAGCUUCUGCUGCUGUUGCUGUAGCUGCCGCCGCUGCUGUUGCAAAAGCAGCAGCUGCAGCUGCCAAUGUUGCGGCAAAUGCUGCAUUGCAAGCAGUACUGAUGGCUGAGGAAGCCUAUGGGAAUCAAAGUGAAAGUAUGGUAGAUUUGAGUACUGAUGGAGUGAAUGCAUUGGGAUUGGCUGCUCCAGGAUCUGUUUUUAGUGCUGAGGAUGGAACAAACAGUUCAAGUUCAAUCCUUUUUGCUGCUAGAGAGGCUGCUAGAAGGAGGGUUGAAGCUGCAUCUGCAGCCUCAAAGCGAGCUGAAAAUAUGGACGCCAUAGUAAAAGCUGCUGAGCUAGCCGCAGAAGCUGUAUCACAAGCUGGAACAGUUGUUGCUAUGGGUGAUCCUGUGCCUUUGAGCGACUUGGUAAAAGCUGGUCCUGAGGGUUAUUGGAAAGCACCCCAAGUAUCUUCAGAGACUGUUAAGAAAUCAAAUGACGGAAUGAGGGAACAAUCAAAUUUUUCCACUGUUGGAGAAGAUUCAGAUAAGGAAGAAACACUGAUCACUGCCACUAAGAAAUCGCCUACAGUCGGUGAAAGGGUUACUGAGAUUAUAAAGUCUGCUUUGCCCACUGCUGGGAAUGAUCUUGGAAAAACUGCAGAAGCGUCCAAAGAUAGCUGCAUCGUUGAGGGUUCUCAAGUAGAGGUUUUCAAAGAAGGGGGUGGAUUUGCAGUGGGCUGGUUCACAGCUACUGUAUUGAGUUUGCAGGACGGCAAAGCAUGUGUAUGUUACACUGAGCUUCAGUCAGACGAAGGCUCAGGGAAACUACAGGAAUGGGUGGCACUUGACAGCAAAGACGAUAAGCCACCAAAAAUACGUGUUGCUCGCCUUCUUACCCCCUCCCUUGAAGGAACAAGGAAAAGGCGGAGAGAAGCAAUGGCAGAUUACGCUUGGUCUGUUGGAGACAAAGUUGAUGCCUGGAUACAAAACAGCUGGUGGGAAGGUGUUGUGACUGAAAAAAACAAGAAAGAUGAAACUAUACUAAAAGUCCACUUUCCAGCUCAAGGGGAAACAUCACAUGUUAAAGCUUGGCAUCUUCGGCCUUCUCUGAUUUGGAAGGAUGGGGAAUGGGUUGAAUGGUCCAGUGUGCGGAAUGACGGCUCUUCCAUGGAGGAUGGCUUGCCGCAGGAAAAGCGAAUCAAAUUGGGCAGUUCUACAGUGGAAGGAAAAGGGAAGGAUAAGACUUUAAAAAGCAAUGUUCUUGAUGCAGGAAAACCUGAAGAGCCAAGUUUGCUGAAUUUGUCUGCAAAUGAAAAGGUAUUUAAUAUAGGUAAAAAUACCAGGAUUGAGAAUAAGCUUGAUGGAGCCAGAACAAAUCGGACAGGGUUGCAGAAGGAAGGAUCAGUAAAAUUUGGUAUUCCGAAGCCCAAAAGAAAAUUUAUGGAAGUUAGCAAGCAUUAUGUGGCCAAUCAGACUAGUAAGGUUAACGAGUCUAAUGAUUCUGUGAAAUUUGCGAAAUAUUUGAUGCCACAAUCAUCAGGUUUCCGUGCAUUGAAAAAUACAUCUAAAUUUGAUACAAAGGACAAAGAGGGGGCCGAUAACAAGCUAAGGGGUUUUAGAUCUGAAAAGCAGCGGAGUAUGUCGGAUAAAACAGUUCCUCAGAAGGACAACUUUUCAAUAGAUUUAGUUUCUGCUGCGGAUGGCUCCAGUAAGAUGGACCAUACAAGAAAGGUCAAAGACUCUGUAAGACAAGCUGAGGGUUUAUCUGGCAAGCGCAACAUAUUUGAGACGGGAUCAGGUUAUAGCUCAGAUGGAAGAGCACAGGGCGCAGCCAUGUUCUCUUCACGAACUCCGUCGUCAGAUUUACCUCCAUCCAAGAAGGUAGCCACUACAACUGCUAAAUCCGAACGGGGAAAUAAAGGAAAUUUUGCACCAGUUGUUGGAAAGUUGGGUAAAAUUGAGGAGGGCAAAGGUACAAGUAGUAAUCCUGUAAGGUCAACUGCAGAAGUAGUCGAGCCUCGUAGAUCAAAUCGCAGAAUUCAGCCAACAUCAAGACUAUUGGAAGGACUGCAAAGUUCGUUGAGCAUUUCAAAGAUUCCUUCCGUUUCACAUGAGAAGCCCAGAAGUCAGAAUAGAAAUGGUUCUAGAGGGAGUAACCAUGAUUGAGAGGAGCUCUUGCAAUGACAGGUUCCGGUCAGAGGAACGUCGGUUUUUGAUGGCAAGGGAAACAUACCCAGCAUAUUGUGCAUAUUGAUCAUAGGAUGGAAACUCUUGCUUCCUUGGUUUGAUGGUCGGUCAGUAAAGAACUAGUUGAGAGUAGAUGUUCAUAGUGAUUUUAGCCUUUGUUUCACAGUUAAUGGUCUUCCUAGGUCUCGCUCAGAUAGGUUGUAUAUGGAAAUUGCCCAUGUAGUUUGGCCUGUUGUAAUGCAAGUCUUUCAGAUGAUCAUUAAAUUAUUAAUCAGCAACUUGAUGGGAAUCAUCUGGUUUCAAUGAUUGUUGUUAAAUGUCCCAAUCUUCAUAAA